GGCAAGCUUCUCCUGCUACGCCAGCGCACCUCUCCCUGAAAAUCUCGUGGAGACAUAAGUUGGUGAUGCUCUCCAUAGUUCCUAUAUCAAAGUUCCUCCCACCUCUUCUCACAUUACCUUCAAGGCUUCAACCUACACCAACCCGCAUAUUUUUGUUGCUUAAAUUUUACUUCCCCUCUGCUCACCAUACCUAUAUCUGCAUGCUUCAAACAUCGCCAUAAAUCCACACCCAUUGACCCAACCCCGCUAAUCAUCACUAUUCUCACAACUUGUUGCCACGUCACUGCCCAUCAUUCCCUUAGGCCUGUAGUCAGUGGGGUUUUCGAGUUUUGAUUUGAUUUACUCUCUGUGGUUAAUGGGUCCUGUGAGAGGAUUGAAGAAGAGACAGAAGGUAGAGAAGAAACAUGACGAAAAUGGUUCUGCCUCUGGGUCGCCGGAGAAAGAGGAGCCUGUAGAUUGGUGGGAUGAGUUCUCUAAGAGGACUACUGGUCUUCAACAUUCUCCAUCAAAGGGUCUGGAUGACUUCGAAGCUGUUUUUAAGAUCUCCAGAAAAACCUUUGGGUACAUAUGUUCACUUGUGAAGGAUGAUAUGGUGGCAAGAUCUGCACAUUUAGUGUUUGCAAAUGGCAAACAGAUGUCUUUAUAUGAUAAAGUAGCUGUGGCAUUGAGAAGACUGGGAUCUGGUGAGUCUUUAGUCACAAUUGGUGAUUCAUUAGGGCUGAACCACUCAACAGUGUCGCAGGUUACUUGGCGAUUUGUAGAGUCCAUGGAAGAAAAGGCACUUCAGCACCUGCAAUGGCCUUCUACUGAAGCAGAAAUUAUGGCAAUAAAAUCCAAAUUCGAGAAAGUGCAAGGCCUCCCUAAUUGCUGCGGCAUAGUCGAUGCUACUCACAUCACAAUGUGUCUACCUCUUUCAGAACCUUUUAGUAAUGUGUGGCUUGAUCACGAAAAGAAACAUAGCAUGGUAUUGCAGGCAAUAGUGGAUCCUGACAUGAGGUUCAGGGACAUAGUCACUGGCUGGCCAGGUAAAAUGAAGGACUGGUCGGUCUUUGAGAGCUCAGAUUUCUACAAACUUUGUGUUAAAGGAGAGAGGUUGAAUGGGAAGAAAUUGAACCUCCAUGAAGGAUCAGAAAUAGGGGAAUACAUAAUUGGGGAUUCAGGCUAUCCUCUACUGCCUUACCUUGUUGUCCCCUACGAAGGGAAACAACUCCCCGAGCCAAAAGCAGAGUUUAACCGGCGCCUUUUUGCCACCCGGAUGGUGGCACAGAGCGCAUUAGCAAGGCUGAAGAAUAUGUGGAAAAUCAUUCAAGGUGCGAUGUGGAGGCCUGACAAACAUAGGCUGCCACGAAUUAUUUUGGUUUGCUGCUUGCUUCACAACAUUGUUAUUGACAUGGAAGAUGAAUUGCAGGAUGAACUGCCUUUGUCUCACAACCAUGACUCAGGUUACCGUCAGCAAAUUUGUGAAGCUGUUGACAUAAAUGGAGUAUCACUAAGAGAUAAGUUGUCUAUGUACUUGACUGCAAGGUCCUCUCCAUGAGUUUUCUCCAUCCUCGCGGUUCCUAGCUCAAUGAUGUAUCUGAGCAUCUGAGUUUAUUAUAAACUUGUUCAUUUUUCCUUCCAACUUCUUAGGACGUAAAUAGAACAGGUAAUAGUGCCUCCUGAGUGAGUGUUGCAAGUUUGCCAAAACUGUUGUUAAAAAGACUAAAAAGACCUUUUGAAAGUAUGGAAUUUGAACGAUGAUUGCUUGA